CGAAUAGAAGGAUAAAUAAAAAAAUAAUUUUAUUCUCCUUAUAUAUAAUGGCCCGUUUACAUCUGGGGCCAGGGGAAUUAGCAUAGUAUUUGGUUGGAGAAAUUGGCCGACCCUGUCUUCCGCUCCAAAAUCCUAUUUCCACAUUUCCCAGUUUCUUCCAUAUCCAAUAAUCCAGCCAAAGAAUGACUCGAGACAUUUCAAAGGAAGCAAUCACUGAAUUGGAAGCUGUUGAUGAUGGCAGCAAUGAAAUCUUGUUGACUAUUUCAACCACGGAGAAUGGAAGUAGGAACAAGAGGAAGUUUUUGUCUGAGUUCCCACUAGACAUUCAGAUAGACUCUCCUCCUCUGUCUCUGACAGAAUUCCCAAGAUAUGAGCUUUUAGAGGAAAAGCUGCGUAGUACCUUACAUACGUUUGCAUCGCUCAAUCUUCUUCCGGACCAAACUAAUAACACAGCUGGAGCAGAAACUUCACAGGAAGCUGAUUGGGAUGAUCCCAUUGCCUGCGAGCUGGAGAAGCUUCUUACGCACAAUCUGCAUGCAACCUUCCAGACUGCAGUAAAAAAAAUUGUUGAGUGUGGGUACAGUCAAGAAAUUGCAGAAUCUGUUGUUUUGAGGAGUGGACUUUAUCAUGGUAUUAAGGAUGCUGUGUCAAAUGUUGUUGACGGUGCGCUAGAUUUAUUAACAAAAGAAAAGAAUUUGGGGACUAGGUACCAAUUGUUUGAGGAGUUUGAUAGUUUGGUGGAGUAUGCAAUCCUUGAGAUGAUCUGUGUGUUAAGGGAGAUAAAACCAUUCUUAACGGUUGCUGAAGCCAUGUGGGCACUUUUGAUUUGUGAUCUCAACCUGUUACACGCUUGUGCAGUGAAGGCAGAUCUUUCGUGCGAUUUCUUCAAUCAAGUAGUAAAUCCAGAAGCUUCUAAAGCCAGUUCCAAUCAAGAAAAAUCAAAUCUUUCUAACAAGUCUGUUCCGUUUCCCACUGUCCCUCAACUACUAAAAUACUCCCAGUUUCGUGAUGCUACAAUUAGUAGUAAAGAAGGAGGGUCAUUUUCUCUUUUGGAGAUGGAAAGUAAAUCCUUAGGGGCUGCCAGAGAGUACAUUCAAGCUGUAACACAAGCUGUCGUGUCUGAAGAAAAAUCUGGGGUGAGUCGGAAGGGAUGCUCUCUUCAUUCCAAGAAAGAUCUCUUAAGGCAAAAGCCGUUUCCCUUCGAGAAGACUUACAAGGGCCGUUUGGGAAAGGGAUCAUUUAAAGCCAAAAUCACUUCCUGGGGCAGUAUGGUUCUGGAUAAGACACUCAAUGCUCAAACCGGUUCUUCGUCGACUACAUCUUCAAAAGGCACUUACUCUAAGACAACCAUUACUACUAAAUCAACUCCUGCGAGUAAUUCGGCUUUGCCCAUAUCUGGAAAUGACACUUCUGUACAAGACCCCGUUGUUGCACUUCCUCCCGUGUCCACUUACUAUGCAGACAUACCCUAUGACGAUUCCCUAGGGAAAUACAUUCCUCGCGAUGAGAAAGACGAAGCUGUGUUGAUGCUUGUCCCACACCUGCAGAAGCUGGAGAAAGAGAUCCAAGGUUGGACAGAUUGGGCCAAUGAGAAGGUCAUGCAGGCUACCCGAAGGCUGGCCAAGGAUCAAGCUGAGCUGAGAAUGUUGAGGGAAGAAAGGGAUGAGGCUGAAAAGUUUCAAAGGGACAAACAUACCCUGGAGGAGAACACUGUGAAGAGGCUUUCUGAAAUGGAGCAUGCUUUGUCUAACGCGGGUGGGCAGAUGGAAACAGCUACCUCUUAUCUUCAAAGGCUCGAGGCGGAGCAUGCUGUACUGAUUAAGAAGAUGGAGGCGGCAACAUUUCUUUCUAUGGAAUCUUCUAGAAAGUUGCAGGAAGCUAUGGCAAGAGAGCAGGAGGGACUGAAGAAGUGUCAAUCAUGGGAGGUGGAAAAGAGCUUAUUCCAGGAAGAGCUCACUGCUCUGAAAUGUGAAUGUGCUGAUAUUCAACUUCAAGUUGAGAAGGGUAGGAAACGUUUGAACCAGAUUGAGGAUCUCUAUGAAGAGAAAAGGAAGGAGAAAGAAGGACUCCUGAUGCAGGUUGGUUCACUACGAGGUGAAACAGAGCAACUGGGAGCUCUAGCAAAAGCAGAGGAGGACAGGAUUAGAGAUAUGGCUGGUAAAAACAUGCAGAAGCGCAAGAGUGAGAUCGACAAGAUUGGAAGCGAGAUCUCCUGGCUGAGGUUAGAGUCCGAGGCAUCAAAACUUGAGGAGCUCCGGAGAGGGGUUGGCAAGUUGGGCCUGCAGAAUCAGGCGACCAACCAGAGGCUGGCCGAGGGAAAUGUGAAGCCAGAGAGAGAGUGCGUCAUGUGUUUGGCUGAGGAAGUCAUGGUGGUCUUCUUGCCGUGUGCGCAUCAGGUUCUAUGCGCGCAGUGCAAUGUUCUCCAUGAGAAGAAGGGAAUGGCUGACUGCCCGUCUUGCAGAACCCCGAUCAAGGAACGCAUCGAAGUUCUGUAUCCUUCUCCAUUGUAGCAACAUGUCAGUGGGCAACAGACAGGUAAGAAACAAUUCUUGACAUUGUUCUGCUCAUGUGUUGUGUUUUUUGGCUUGUUUGUAGCUCACAGCUUAAAAAGUACAAUGUUUUUGAUGGGGAAAACAUAAACAGAAUAGAGUUAGAAGGUUGUGGUCUAGUGUGGGAAGGAGGAGCAAUGUAGCCUUUCAGUAGAGGCUUUGUAAAUUUGAACUGCUGAGAUAAGACUUGAGAU